GGGACCAGGUCCUCAUUCAAAAUUCCAGAAUACUGGGUACGCGAAGCCACAAGUUUGCGCCCAAGUGGAAAGGGCCAUACUACGUGCAUGCUAUCCUCACGAAUGGGGCGUACAAGCUACGUGA